GCGCCUCACACACACACACACACACACACACACACACACACUUUCCCCAAUGAUCGGAGUACGCCAGCAAUGUGUUGAGUGUGUGCAGUGUGUGCAGUGUGUGUGUCCGCGUUCACAGUAACACCGAUAUGGAUUAUUUUUACCUUCUGCUCUGCGCCGUCACACUCGGUCUGGUGGAGAACUCCAGAGCAAGUGUGUCGGAGAAGCUGAGUGAGUUUGGCCUCAUCGUCCCCUUCAGCUCAGACUCUCGCGGCCGGUUUGUCUCUCACGUCCUGUCCUCCGGCUCGGCGUCAUCGUUACCCUCGGCCCGGAGGCGAGUGGCUCGUGGUGCACCUGCGACGUCCUCCAGGUUUUUGUUCUUUAACGUCACUGUGUUUGGAAUGGAGCUCCAUUUGAGACUGAGGGCCAAUAGCAGACUGGUGGCCCCUGAGGCCUUUACAGAAUGGCAGGAGGACUAUCAGGAGAAGGAGAAGGAACGGAUAAUCAACGACUGUCUGUUCACUGGAGAUGUCAGUGACAUGCCAGAAGCUUCCGUGGCCAUCAGUAACUGUGACGGACUCGCUGGUCUGAUUCGCACAGAUAAAGGUGAGUUCUUCAUCGAGCCGCUGCAGAAAGGUCAACAGGAGUCAGAGGUCCAAGGUCGGGUUCAUGUGGUGUAUCCCAGAUCAGCAGUUAAACGACAAAAUCAGAAAGAUCUGCGUAAUGAAGUAGCGGAUUUCGGGAUAGCGGAGCUUCCAAAUGCUCUGGAUCUAGUGGCUCAGAAGCUUACUGAAUCGGAUCGUAAACGCAGACAUGCUAAAAAAGAUACCUACAGCAUCGAGGUUCUCCUGGCUGUAGAUGACUCUGUGGUUCGCUUUCACGGCAAAGAACAUGUACAAAACUACGUCCUCACACUCAUGAACAUAGUAGAUGAAAUAUACCAUGAUGAAUCUCUAGGUACCAGCAUCAACAUUGUUAUCGUCCGUAUGAUUAUGGUGGGUUAUCGUCAGUCCGUGAGUCUGAUUGAAAAAGGGAAUCCCUCUCGCAGUCUUGAGCAGGUGUGCCGCUGGGCCAACACACAACAGAGACAGGACCCAAACCACGCUGAGCAUCAUGACCACGCCAUCUUCCUCUCCAGGCAAGACUUUGGUCCUGCAGGUAUGCAAGGUUACGCCCCAGUGACAGGGAUGUGCCACCCGCUGAGGAGCUGCACGCUGAAUCAUGAGGACGGAUUUUCUUCAGCGUUUGUUGUGGCUCAUGAAACCGGCCAUGUCUUGGGUAUGGAACAUGACGGUCAGGGGAACCGGUGUGGAGAUGAGACCAGUAUGGGCAGCAUCAUGGCUCCUCUGGUUCAGGCGGCGUUUCACAGGUACCACUGGUCCCGCUGCAGCAAACAGGAACUCAACCGCUACUUACACUCUCUCUCUCUCUCUCUCUCUCCCCCUCCCUCUCUCCCUCUCUAUCUCUCUCUCUCUCUCUCUCUCUCUCUCUCUCUCUAGUUCAGGACGUAUGAUCCAUGUAAACAGUUGUGGUGUAGUCAUCCUGAUAAUCAGUAUUUCUGUAAGACAAAGAAAGGACCUCCAGUGGACGGGACAGAGUGCUCACCUGGCAAGUGGUGUUUUAAAGGUCACUGUAUCUGGAGAUCAGAUGAUCAGGUGUAUGGUCAUGAUGGAGGAUGGAGUUCAUGGGGAAGAUUUGGUUCAUGCUCCAGAUCGUGUGGUGGAGGAGUUCGGUCUCGCAGCCGGCAGUGUAACAACCCACCUCCAGCGUAUGGAGGACGUGAGUGUCCAGGCUCUGAGUUUGAUUAUCAGAUCUGUAACCCUGAGGACUGUCCUGGUCCCUUUGAGGACUUCAGAGCUCAGCAGUGUGUUCAGCGCAGUAACAAAUACCACAACAAUAUCAAACACACCUGGCUGCCCUAUGAACACCUGCAAGAGGACCGUAAGUGUGAGCUGAGUUGUCGCUCUAAAGAGACGGGGGAGGUGGUGUUUAUGAAUCAGGUGAUGCAUGAUGGGACACGAUGCAGUUACGCUGAUCCAUUCAGUGUGUGUGCCAGAGGAGAGUGUCUGCAUGUGGGGUGUGAUAAGGAAGUCGGCUCGUAUAAACAGGAGGAUAAGUGUGGUGUGUGUGAAGGAGACAACUCUCACUGUCGCACUGUCAAACUGACGCUCACCAAAACACCCAAAAUCAAAGGUUUGUUGAAGUUCUUUGACAUCCCUGCAGGAGCGAGACACAUAGUGAUUGAGGAGAACACCUCGUCUCCACACCUCAUGUCGGUUAAGAGUCAGGUGACCGGGAACUUCAUCCUCAACGCCAAGGGAGACGAGGUGAAAUCGAAGACAUUUAUCGAGAGCGGUCUGGAGUGGGAGUACACCAUGGAGGGAGAGAAGGAGACGCUGAAGACCUCUGGACCUCUGUAUGAAGGCAUCGUGGUGCUGGUGGUUCCUAAAGAAGAAGACAGGAAGAUCAGUUUGAGUUAUAAAUACAUCAUCCAUGAGGAUCUUGUUCCCAUCAUCACCAACAACAACGUGCUGUUAUCUGAACUGGACAGUUACGACUGGGCACUAAAGAGCUGGACACAGUGCACCAAACCCUGCGGAGGAGGUGUACAGUACGCUAAGUAUGGCUGUAGAAGGAAGAGUGAUGGGCAUUUGGUACAGAGAACACUGUGUGACGUCACCAAGAGACCCAAACCUAUCCGCAAACGCUGCAAUGUCAAUGAGUGCAGCACACCCACGUGGCUAACAGAGGACUGGAGUGUGUGCAGUAAGUCAUGUGGUACAUUGGGUAUUCAGUACCGUGUGGUUCAGUGUGUUCAGCCUCAACACAACGGCACUCACAGAGUCCUUCACACCAAAUUCUGCACCGCCGAUAAACCCCCCACACACAGAGUGUGUAACAGCACCACCCCCUGCCCUGCCCAGUGGAGGACCGGAGCCUGGUCACAGUGUUCUGUGACAUGUGGUGAGGGAAUCAAGCAGCGUCAGGUCGUGUGCAGAUUCUCAGAACACAUCUCAGCUCAGUGUGAAGAAGAAAAACCGGAGAGUGUGUCCAUCUGCAGUCUCUCACCAUGUCCAGGAGAUCCGUCAGUCUCCGUCCCUCCUGCAGACUCAUGGGAUAACGACACAUCUGACGGAGAAGUCAAUAAGAUCUCAAAUGAACCGUGUCUUCACGACAAAUCCAUAUUCUGUCAGAUGGAAGUCUCGGCUCGUUACUGUUCUAUUCCAGGAUAUAAUAAGCUGUGUUGUGAUUCCUGUAAUAAGAAACUGGGGACCACCACCACCACCACCACAGCAGCAGCACCUGGUUUCUCCACGUCCUCCUCGGUGGAGCUCGAUUCCUCUAACCUCCUCCCCUCUAGCACAGAACCAUCUCCACUAACUGUUACAGCUAAUGCUAAAGAUAACAAACCGACCUCUACUGUGCAAAGUCUGAUUACAGCUACGUCCGUCCCAAACACCGAGCGCGCUUCUGCUCAGACGUCUCUACUUUCUGGUUCAUCUCUACCUCCAGAGCUGAGCGCUAGUGUUAGCAUGAGAGCUAGCAUUGGCAUCAGUGCCACACAUCGUCCUUCUCAGGACUCGGAGCAGAAGACGGAGAAAGCAGAAUCUCGCAACAGCACUUUAGUCUCUCCGACUUUAGUCCCGACAGGAACGGAGAGCGAGCUAGACUCUCCUAACAGGAACCUAACGGUGGUCACAUGAUCAGGAAGUGACACGCUGUGCCAAUGAAACAGACUCUUAGAUUAUUUUUGUGUUUGUAUGUAAACUCUCUGUGCCAGUUAUGGAUUACCUCAGAUCUCGUGUGUAAACCACAUUUCCCAUAAUCCUCGACCACAUUAAAAGGUGCUCUAACUUUUAAACUACUUUCAAUAAUGUGGUGAAGUUCGUCAGCUGUGUGGCUCGAACGUGUCUCAGAACUACUUGACUAAUCCAGGAUGAGUAUCACACGCAGGUCAGGUGCAGAAACCUCUUUAACCACGGCUUUGAGAGAGCCACCAGUCGGACUGCUGUGUGUCAGGUUUAUAAAAGAUUUAUUUUAUUGCUAUUUCUUUUCCAAAUAAUGUAUAAUUUAAUGAUCAGAGCAGCUUGUUAGCUGAUAACCAUCAAGACUCUGUGUUCAUUUGAAUAACUGACAGAAUCUCAGUAACACACACAGACAUUUGGACCUGACUCUUCAUCCAUCAGAUUGAUUGAGAACUCGUACAGCUUCAUGGACCACAAGCUGUAAAGGCUGGACUUAGCAGCUUCUUGUUACCUGUGAAAUUCAUUUUAAUGCAUGUUUUUUUCCUGGAAUUAAAAAAAAAAUGCUUAAAAAGUUCAGAUUUUAAAAGUAAUGUUGUAUAUAGUGUAAAUGUCAGCAUUGGGAAGGUAUUUAGCAUAACAAAGCGAUCCUGGAGCAAGCAGCAGAAGAUGGCGGCUGUGUUAACGUUAACCUUUACUGUGUAUUGUACAGUUCUGUAUAUACAUGACUGAGAGCUUUAAAUGUUAAUAUUUAUUAUGUUUUACGUUCAUGUAAAU